AUGGGUCGCACCCCUGAAGGAGAUAUUAUAGUCAAUAGUCAAGAAGUUAUUGCAAGAGAUUUACAGAAACGACAACAACCCACACAUUAUUAUACCAUAACAUAUCGAACUAGUGGCACACCAUAUAAAACUCUUACAAUCACAGAAACUGCAGUACCUUUUGUUCCACCUCCUGACACUAUUUCUCCGAUAACUGCGACACUUUAUUACCCGACUUGUCAUGUAUUUGACUGUGGCUGGGGUUAUAGUUAUGAUUUUUCUUCUUUCCGCACAAUUAGUGUAAAUUUUGCAGAAAUAUCUCCUCCGGUUACAUUAACAGUAACUUCAACAAUAAGUGCACCUCAACGAAAUAAUCCAACUACAUUAGUAAACAAUAAUACUUGUAAAUAUCCGGAUUAUGUCAUGUCCAAUGAUUCCAGUAACUUAUAUCCAAGUGAUGUUAAAUAUGUUGUUCUUGGUACUGUUGGCGGCGCUAUAGUUGGCAUACUUAGUGGAAUUGCCUUGUCUUUCGGAUAUUAUAAACUUAAGUUACAAGAUGAUGGAAUUCCGACUCCAUCAUCGCAUUCAAGGUUCUAA